UCUAGUAUGUACUGAUUUACUCAUUCCUAUUAAUUUCUAAAUGUGAAUCUAUUGUGAUUUUUUGCUAAAUUUUCGCCCUUUUGUGGUUAAAUAUGUCGAACUAGAUUAUUUUGUUACGUUACGGCUGUUAACCGAACCGGUUAUGGAUCACGUAAGUAAUGAAGUAGAACGGAACUGCUUAUAAAUCGUUGUGCCACUUGCGGAUCUUCAGCUGCUUGGCGAACAACGGCAGCUGCAGAUACUUUCAACCGACUGCUAUCAUCUCGUAGACAAUCACUCGCUAUCGACAACGACUGGGCGGUAUCAGGAAGCCACCUCCGCAUGUUUUCCUCGCAAAGGUAAAAGCUGGUCGGCUGAUUUGGAUUUACAAGGUGCAAGUGCUAAAACCUAUUUUAGAGUUCAAAAGUAAUUAUCUGCAAGAUUCACUCCGACAAAAUGAUGCCCUUGCAGGAAGUGGUAGAAGCAACUGCUAACAACAGUGGACCAUCCGACAAAUCUAAGAUGAGACCAAUGCAAGAAGUGGUGGAAACAAUUGGUAGCCCCACUCAAUCUAAGAUUAGACCGAUGCAAGAAGUGGUGGAAGCAAUUGGCAACCCCAGUCAAUCCAAGAUGAGACCGAUACCUUUGCAGGAAGUGGAUGCAAUUGGUAACCUUAAAUCAAGCCAACCUAAGAUGAGUGAAGUACCAGGUUUUAAACGGUGUGAAGUGCCCGGUGUUGAAUGGUGCGGAGCAGAAGAACCUCCUUAUUACGAGGACUUGGCUGCAAUCCUGGCCGACAUGAAGUUGGAACAUCAUGUGCCAAACAUGAUUCGCAAAAAAAUCAGUUUAACACAAUUCCUUCUACUUAAUGAGCAAAAGUUAAAAGAAUUAACAUUCUUAAUGCCUUUUGAAAGAAGGAUUAUAAUGCAGAAUUUGAAAACUUUCCACAAAACACCUUGGCUCAAAAAAUCCAUAAUGAGACCCAUUCCAGGAGAGGAUUUUGGUGUGCUCAAUUUAUUACAUCAAGUGACAUCACACUAUAAGCACAUUGCAGUCAUUAGUGCAUCGAUUAAAGCUUUAACCGAAGCCAGUCUUGAGAAAGGAACUAAUGAAAGUGAUAAAUUGGAAAUGGCUGAAGCCAUAGAAACUUGUCAAGCAAGUCUUAUGGAUUUGAAGAAACAACUAAAAAUUGUUCAAAAUGUUUUGAGCAAUGUAACAAAAGCAACUGACGAAAAUGUGUUAUCAAUAAGUAGCGUUGCUAAAGUAAGUAAACCAAAACGAAAUUGGUUGAAAUAUGCUAUAUAUUCAAUGUUACCUCUAGUUGCUGUAUAUUCUAUUAAGAAGCUAAUUAACAAAUUUUGAUGAGUAAUAUAAAUUACUGAUGUAAAACUAUAGU